UGCUUUAAACCAGGCUGGGAGAACCGGAAGUGGAGCUUCCGGACUGCAACUCCCGGCCUGCCUCGUCGCCCUCCUGCCGCGCAAGGGUUUCUGGGAGUUGUAGUUGGCUUGCGGCCGAAUGGCCGCGCAGCCCGCCAGCAGGACGGGGAGACAGGAGGGCCUCGCUUCUUUCCAAGAGAGGAGAGGAUCCAGGAGAGAAUCACCCUGCAGGAAAAUAAAGUUUGCCUGCCUCUCCUUCCGACAACCUUACGCCGGGCUGGUUUUGAAUGACGUCAAAACCAUCGAGAGCCGUUGGCGCCCAGUGCUGGCAAACCACCAGGGUGGGACGGUGGCCGUCCACAUCGCGUUUAGAGACUGGGAAGAUGACAGCUGGAGAGACCUCCUCUUGAACAGACUUGGGUGGACUUCGGCUCAGAUUGAAGAUUUGUUAGCGGAGGGGGAGAAGUUAGGCCGAGGGGUUAUCGCUGGUCUUAUUGACGUUGGGGAGACUUUUAAGUGCAUGGACUGUUUGCCUCCCGAAGACAUUUUGCUAUUGGAAAACAAAGCUCUUCUCCGUGGUCUUGAAGGAAAAUACUUGACGGAGAUUUCCAACCCCAGAUGGCUGCGGAGAUCCAUUCCUGCACGAGGACACAAGGACAUGUGGGAGGUGAAUAUCCCAGAAGAUCUGAUCCCUUCCGUUGAAUCCGGUUGAACUUUUCCCUCAGGACUUGCUAUUCUUCUGGUGAUGGGAUUGAACGGAACAACUGUUCUCAGUUUCGGUCACGGCAGAUUUUAACUUUUUUUUUUUAAGUUUAUUAUUUUUUUAACAGAGUUCAAUAAUCAUUAUUCAACAAAAGCGUGUUGUCUGAGUAUCUUAUUCACUAAUAGAAAUUAAAUUCCUAAUCCCUAAAUCUUUGAUAAAAUAGGUCCCAAGUUUGAAAAUA